UUCUCCUCGUCGCAGAGCGGAUCCAUGCAGUUAUCGUCUCGCCUUGAAGAUUUCGAUGCAUUCGUCGUCCAGAUCGCAGCAUUUCGUGCUUCGGCAAGUUGAUUCCCUCAAAUUCUUUUCUUACAUCUCAUAAUGCAGUGCAGAUCAGGUUAAACUCGAUCUAAUCCCCCCUUAAAUCAAUGUACACCGUCUGAUUACGACGAUCCUAGUAAUCAAUGCCGUGUCUUCGGAUCCGAACAUCGAUUCGCUAGGUUGGAAAUUGGGAUAAGAUUCUUCUUCUUCACAAUCCUCAACUCAGUUUGGAAAUGAGAAAGCCCUGGGCCCACCAGCCCUCUGUCGAUUCCGGGCGGGCACCACCACUUCACUGGUGGAUCUUGUGCUUUUUUGGCGUCCUCGCGUUUAUCGCCGUCUUAGGGAAGUUGCCUUCGAGCGGAGAUUCCGAUUCUGUAACUGAUGUUUAUAAGAAUUAUAGGAGGCUGAGAGUGCAAGCGGGGAGCGAUUUUUCGGAAGUAAGUUCGCUCUUGCUGGGGCUGAGUCAAGCAAAUGAGCUCGAUCUCUGUGGCAAGGAAAGAGAGGACUAUGUUCCUUGCUACAAUGUCUCUGCGAAUUGUUUAGCUGGGUUCUGCGAUGGGGAGGAAUUCGAUCGGCACUGUAAAGCAUCGGGCGUGGGCCUGCGUUGCUUGGUCCAGCCACCUAAGGACUACAAGAUCCCGUUGAAGUGGCCUGUCGGGAGGGAUGUCAUAUGGAGUGGCAAUGUGAAGAUCGCCAAAGACCAGUUCCUUUCAUCUGGAAGCAUGACGAAAAGGCUAAUGUUUUUGGAGGAGAACCAAAUUGCUUUUCACUCGGAGGAUGGCAUGAACACCAAUGGCGUUAGAGACUACUCCCACCAAAUUGCCAAGAUGAUAGGCUUGGGAAGCGACUCCGAAUUUCUUGAAGCCGGGGUCCGCACUGUAUUGGAUAUUGGAUGUGGAUUCGGUAGUUUCGGAGCUCAUUUAUUUUCACUAAAUCUGAUGACCGUGUGUAUAGCGGCUUAUGAGGUAUCCGGGAGUCAAGUCCAGCUGACCCUUGAGAGGGGUCUCCCGGCAAUGAUUGGAAGCUUUAUUUCAAAGCAACUUCCAUAUCCCUCCUUGUCAUUUGAUAUGGUUCACUGUGCUCAAUGUGGAAUCAAGUGGGACACAAAAGAUGGAGCAUUCCUUAUUGAAGUGGAUCGGAUGCUUAAGCCUGGAGGUUACUUCGUUUUGACAUCACCCACAAGCAAACCUCAACCAGCUUCACAAAAUGGGAAGAACAGAAUCAUGUUCAUGCGAGUUGAGGAUUUUACCCAGAAAAUUUGUUGGAGUUUAUUAUCUCAGCAAGAUGAGACUUUCAUUUGGCAGAAAACAGCUGACAUUAAUUGCUUUGCAUCUCGGAAGCAGGGGGGCAUACCUCCUGUUUGUAAAGAUGAGAAAGGUGUGGAGUCAUAUUAUCAACCCCUUCUUUCAUGUAUAAUAGGAAAUACCAGCAGACGUUGGAUUCCCAUACAAAACAGAUCCUACUGGCACACAGAUGCGCAAUUGAGCUCAUAUGAACUUGCUCUCCAUGGAAAGUAUUGGGUCCAUCUCGAGGAUUUUCUUGAAGAUUCACUUGUCUGGAGAUCAGCGCUGAAAAACUACUGGUCUUUGCUUACACCUUUGAUCUUUUCGGACCAUCCAAAGAGGCCGGGUGAUGAAGACCCCUUACCUCCAUUUAACAUGAUGCGCAAUGUAAUGGACAUGAAUGCUCAUUAUGGAGGAUUAAAUGCUGCACUUCUGGAGGCAAGGAAAUCAGUUUGGGUGAUGAAUGUCGUCCCCAUUAGAACCCCCAAUACACUUCCUUUGAUACUAGAACAAGGCUUUGCUGGUGUUUUGCAUGACUGGUGCGAACCAUUCCCCACAUACCCUCGGACAUAUGACAUGCUUCAUGCAGCGGUUCUCCUUUCACACAUUCUCUUUUCAGAAGCAUGUGACAUGGCGGAUGUGUUCUUGGAGAUGGAUCGGAUUCUUCGCCCUGAGGGUUGGGUUGUUUUGCGUGAUAAAACACAAGUGAUAGAGAAAGCCCGCAUGCUUGCAGCGCAAAACCGUUGGGAUGCAAGGGUGAUUGAAUUCCAGAAUGACGAUGACCAGAGGUUGCUAGUUUGCCAGAAGCCAUUUUUGAAGAAACUAUCAGUGUAUAUUCCCACCAGCGGCUGCUAAAACUUCAUAAAUAUGCAUUUUUUAAACUACGUAAAUAUGCAUUUUUUAGGUAUUGUUUCAUUCAUUCAUCCCAUUCUUUCUGUUUUCUUCCUUUGUUUGGUUUCUCAACUCCGUCUCCAUGUGUUCGACUCCGUCACUGUUAUUACCAAUGUGAGAGGCAGCGUUGGAAUAUGACUUUGUGCUGUUGGCCUGUAACUUAUGAUGAGCCAUCUCAAUUCGAUAAUGGAUUCCUCACCAAUAAAGACUAUAAAAAUGGUGGGACCCAUCAUGGAUGGAGCAUGGAUGAUCUGUUUGGUAGCUGUCUAAUGGACAAUUGAAUAGGCGGGUGAUUCCUCACCAAUUCGAUAAAUAAAACAAAGGAAAGGAUUCUGGACCAGUUUGCAUGUACGCCAAAAAUGGAAAUUUUGGAGCCCAUUGGAGGAGAGCAGAGUUCUGUCAUCUGUGAGGUGGGUGAUUGUGAUUAUCCCUCCAUCGUAGAUUUUCCUCACCGUAUUGGGUUUUUUUUUUCCUUUUUGUAGAGCUUGCAAAACAGUCAAAUCUUAGCUGUUGAGAGUGAAACUGCUGUAUUAAAAUCAACGGUGCAUAUUUGCUCCCAUUUUUGUUUGUGAAACUGAUUUGCAAAAGCUAUUAAUUGCAAUGUAGUUUUAUUAUU